GACUCAAUCUCAGGACCCUGGGAUCAUGACCUGAGUCAAAGGCAGGUGCUUAAAUGACUGAGCCACCUAGGUGUCUCGAGAAUAACUGAAUUACAUGAUGUGACAGCAACUGUGUUCAUAGCAAGAAUGUAUGAUUAGCAUCAAGAUGUUCCAUUCAUUUAUAAAGAUUUUCAUAGUUACAUAUCUGCAUAUCUAUCAAUCCUUAUAUGCAAUAGCUUCUAUUAGAUUUGAGGCAACAAGCAACAGAAUAGAGAAAGUCCCUCCCUGACCUCAUGAAACUUACAGUUAGGGGUACAAUGUGAGGUAGGGAUGAUUACCACUGAUAAGAUCAGUAAUAACACUAGGUUUCCCAUGCACGUCUCUUUCUUGCCUUCCACUCAUGCAUUUUCAUUUCUAAUUGAAGAAUAGUGACUGAGUCCUCACCUCUAAGAGUAAUCCUAGUUUUGGCAAUGAUUUCCCAGAAAAAUUUUAACAGGGGAAGCCCUAGACAAAGCGCCUAUGGAGUGUCUGUGGGCCACAUCCCAGGCUACUGGAUCGGUUCUGCACUGAGAGCAGAAGAGAAGAGAACUAGCCUGGCUCUGCUCAGGGAUGAAAAAGGUACUUUGAGGAAGACAACAGAGGAAAGUCAAAGUUUUUUGAAGCUUACCAAUUUAAUGACUCAGUAUAAUAAUGUAGGAUUUCAGCAUGACUCUCCACAAAAAUUCCUAACACCCUGUCCUACUUGGGUUUGGAAGCCUUAAUGGGGUGAUGGUUACUCUGCUUUGCAGUUUAUUUGGUGUUUCCUAGUCUUAGAAGCUUUCCAAGUUGAAACUGAGGGAUCUACAGCAGACGAAAAAAACAACAACGAAUACGCUAACCUUGCUCCUUCUCCUCCUCCUCGGGCCAUUUCUGCCUCCCAGAAGCUGACCUCACCUGGGGGAUCAGCCAGAAGACCACAUAGGAAGAAUUUCCAUAAGGAACGUCUUGACAACUUUUAAUAAAAGGAGGGGCAUCUGGGUGGCUCAGCAGGUUGAACAUUCCACCCUUGAUUUUAGUUCAGGUCUUGAUCUCAGGGCUCAAGGACCACCACCACCAACAAAAUGAGGUGCAUGCUUGUUGUUAAUAAUACGAAGAGACCUCAGAAGUAGUAGCAUGAUAACAAGAUCCUAAUGAUGAAGUUCUAGAAUAUAGGUGAGGUCUGGAGCUGAUGACCAAGAGAGAAUUCCUGAGAUACCUUUGGUGCAAAAUGGUUUAUUAAAGCAUGGGGACAAGACCCGAGGGCAGAAAGAGCUCCUGCCCCAGGGUUAUAUACCAUGGAGUUGGGGGAAGGUAAGGGAAAGGGAGAUUUCAACAGAACUUUUGUAUUCUAAAGAGGACCUACAAGAUACUGGAUACCAAAGGCCUUGCCAUUGCCAAGGUCGUUUUGCCCUCCAGCAAGGUAUUAGUGGAUGGGAGAUUUCCUAGAGAAGGUCACAUAUGUCCCACCAGGAGUGGUGGUGGGGGAAGGUUGGAGGAUGUCAGCUUCUGCUUUGUCCUCAGCCAGCCUUCUGUUCCUCACCACUCCACAAUGAUUUUCCUGAUUACUUUUUAUUAUGCUAAGAUUAUAAAGAUUGUUAAAUAAUAGUAGAUGGCAUUGCCCAGCAAAUGACACUGCCUACAGUUUGAUCUUCCCAGCAUCUUUAGCAGAAGGGUUAUUUUGGCAGUACUGAAUCCAAAUCCUGAAGGUCAGCCUCACUGUGCUGCCAGUUUGGGAUGGUGCCUGACUGUCCCCUGGAGGAAAUUUUAGCGUCCCUUAGCCCUUCCCUCUCACAUGCCUAAUAGGAUUAAUUUACCUUAGGUGAAUAUAUAUGAGUAGAGAGCAUGUCCACAGGGUUGCCUUAGGGCAACCCUCAGCGUGGGUCCCUCCUUGUGGUAAAGGAGGAAUUUUAUUCCCCUCUACAGGAAAGCCCAUUUCUCGGAUAAAAAGUUAGGCGGAUUUGUGUGAAAUUAUAUUGUUCAAGUAAGCCUAGUGCUCCAAAGGACUGAUUACCUUGAAAAGACAGGAGAGCAUCCUCUAAGAGAGGAACAGACAAGGAGUUCCACCACUGGUUCAUCGGACUAGCCCUGGGCAGAGCGUCUUGUCACUUCCUGGAGUCCCAUGCGCAGGCCUCCCAUUGGUCUGUGGUGUCUCUCCUCCUCUCCUGCCAGUCCGGGAGAAUUUAAUUUUCAUUUUCACUUAGCACUUCAAGAGCUUGGUGGAGAUUGGCCCCUAGUUUGCUGAGAGAAUCCUGACCACACUGGCCUGCCUCCACGCUUUCCCCAAGGAGCCACGACUUCUCACCUGGUCCCUGAAGGUGUGUGGACUGGUUUGCUGAAGGCAGAGGCAUCUGUGAUCAAGAGGAACCACUGAGGUCAGGAGAGAUAGGAGCAAGGGAGCAGCUACUAUGGCUUCUAAACUCCUGACAGACAUAAAGGAGGAGGUGACCUGCCCCAUCUGCCUGGACCUCUUGAAGGAACCCCUGAGCCUGGGCUGUGGCCACAGCUUCUGCAAAGCCUGCAUUACUGCAGCAAACAAGGAGUCCAAGACAAGCCAGGAAGAGAAGAGCACCAGUUGCCCUGUGUGCCAAUUCCAUUACUGUGCUAAGGAGCUGCGCCCUAACUGGCAUGUGGCCAACAUAGUGGAGAGGUUCCGAGAGGUCAAGGUGAGCUCUGAGGAAGGGCAAAAGAGAAAUCUCUGUGAACGCCAUGAAGAGAAGCUCUUGCUCUUCUGUAAGAAGGAUGGGAAGGUCCUUUGCUGGGUUUGCGAGCGGUCUCAGGAGCACCGUGGUCACCAAACGGUCCCCAUGGAUGAAGCUGUCCAAGAGUACCAGGAGAAGCUCCAGACAGCUCUGCAGAAGGUGAGAAAGGAGCAGCAGGAAGCAGAGAUGUUGAAUGCCAACCUCAGAGAACAGAGAACCUCCUGGAAGAAUCAUAUGCAAAAUGAGAAAAAGUAUAUCCAUACAAAGUUUAAAAAACUGAAGACUAUGCUGGAGCGUGAGGAGAAGAAUAUAGUGCAGAUGCUGGACAACGAGGAGGAAACUAUUCUCAAUUCCUUUGUCUCAGUGGAGGAUGAGGUGGCCCAGCACAGCCAGAUAGUGAAAGACCUGAUUUCAGAACUAGAGCAUCGGCUUCAGGGGUCAACAGUAGGCAUGCUGCAGGAUGUGCAUUCCGUCAUGGAAAGGAGUAAGAACUUGUCUCUGAAGAAACAAAAAGCUUUUCUCAAGGAACAAAAGAAAGUGUCCGGAAUUCCUGAUCUGAAAGAGAUAAUGCAAAUGUUUAUAGAUUUAGUUUUGUGAACAAGAGCAAGAGAGAGAGAAC